AUGGUCGCCUUCAACAAAGUCCUCUCAUCGGUCCUUCUCGCUAUCGCGUACUCUUCUGUCGCGUCGGCCGUCCAGGAACGUUCCGCGUCCGAGUCGCUCAAGCAUUCGACCCACCGUGUUCGUCACAUCAGCCGCGAGCUCACGUUGGAGGUGUACCACCCUGAGUCGACUUUCGAGACCUUCGGCGAUGGAAUCGAACAGAAACUCGAAGCUCGUGCUCCUAGGGACCUGAACUCAACUGCUCUGGCCUUCGUCCGAUCACGACUGGGUGUCGACGCGAGCUCUGUUGGUUUCAAGAGUGGCUACGAGGAUGGACGGGAGAAGUAUGCCUAUGUCAAGCAAUACCAUGAUGGUGUCCCAUUCGCCAACUGCGUCGCGAAUAUUGCCUGGAAAGACGACAAAGUUGUUUCCUUCGGCUCUUCCUUCGUCAAGUCUGAAAACAUUGCAGGCUCCCGCCCUACCGUCAGCGCCGCUUCCGCUAUCGCGAAAGCUGAGGAAGCAUUCAGCGGCAAGCACAACGGCAUUCCAACCUCUAUUGAGUAUCUUGCUCAGGCUGAUGGAUCUGCCGCGCUCGUACACACGAUCCAAGUCCAAAGCCUGGAAAAUCAACUCUGGUAUGAGGUCUACGUCGACGCCCACUCUGGCGAAGUCCUGUCGGCCACAGAUUUCUUUGCUCACGCUUCGUACACGGUCCUCCCCAUCAACAAGAAGAUUUUGACGGAGGGUCAGGAGACGCUUGUAGAUCCUCAAGAUACGGUCGCCUCUCCCUCGGGCUGGCACGCCUGGGGAACAACAACUACCACGACUACUUCGGGCAACAACGUCGUCGCUUAUCGAGGCGCUCAGACCUCCCUCACAUCCCAAAGCGCGACCGGCCUGGUCUUCAACUAUCCGUACACAGCCACGGCUGCGCCGUCCACCACCGCGAACAUCAACGCCGCACGCACCAACGCGUUCUACGUCAUCAACACAGUGCACGACUUCACGUAUCGCUAUGGAUUCACCGAGACGGCGUUCAACUUCCAGAACGACAACUUCGGCAGGGGCGGGGCGGGCAAUGAUCGUGUUCUAGUUUCCGUCCAGGACGCGUCAGAUAUCAACAAUGCGGGCUUUGGCACCCCACCUGACGGUCAGAAUGGCAUAUGCGAGAUGUACCUCUGGGAUUUGACGACGCCCAACCGCGAUGGAUCUCUCGAGAACGACAUCCUCGUCCACGAGAUGACCCAUGGCGUCACCAACCGCAUGACUGGAGGCGGAACUGGCCGUUGCUUGCAGACCCUCGAGGCCGGUGGUCUCGGAGAGGGGUGGUCCGAUGCCCUCGCUGAAUGGACUCAACACAAGUCGGCUACUGUCCGUGACUUCGUACUGGGCGACUAUGUCACCAACAACCCCGCCGGCAUCCGCACGAGACCCUACUCCACCAGCACGACUACCAACCCCCUGAGAUACUCGAACGUCAGGGGUCUGAAUUCUGUCCAUCGUAUCGGCGAGAUCUGGGGCAACAUCCUGCACAACGUCUACGCCGCCCUCGUCACGCAAUACGGGUGGACGGCGAACGCCAGGACUAACCCUGAAGGAACACAGGGCAAUGUCGUCUUCCUCCACCUCUUCCUCGAUGCCCUCCGUCUUCAACCUUGCAACCCCACAUUCGUCACUGCGCGUGCUGCGUGGAUCCAGGCUGAUGCCAACCGCUACGGAGGUGCUAACAGGUGUCUCUUGUGGAGGACCUUCGCGAGCCGUGGUCUUGGAUUGAAUGCCUCUGGCUUCGUCGACAACACCGCUAUUCCCGCUGACUGCUAA